UAAAUUUAUUUAAACUCAAAUCAAAACAUUUUUCUGAUUUUCUCUCCCACACACACAUUCUCACUCCCAUCAUCUCAUAUCUAAUCUUAUUAUGUUGGAUUUUGGAGAGGAGCUGACCUUAGAGAGUUUCAAAAUUCCAUGGCUCAUAUGGAUUCAACUCUUUGUCUUGCUUCUUCUCCUUGCCCUUCUCUAUUGCUUCUCCAUCAUUGCCUUAGAUCAAGAUCUCUCUCCUUCCACUCACUCUCAUUCUCAUUUGCAUAUUCAACAACCCUCCAACCACCACUCAACUGUCACCAACCCUCUUCACAACACCCGGGGAGUAGAAAACCUAAGCAUUAAAGGUGAAAUAGUAAGCACUGGGAACACAGGAAUAGUGAGAGAAGAGAUUGCAGUUGCAGAGGGUGAGGCUUCAACUUCAUCACUGUAUUUCCUUCACCCUUGCUAUUAUUUCAACUUGGCAAGAGAAGCAUUUCUCAAAUGUCUUGGCCUGGAUUCUGCAUCUGAAUCUGAUGCUCCCUCACUCCUAGAACUUAAGAAAAGACAGCAAAAUUGAUUGUGAAAAUUAUGUUCGCAUUUAUGACAAAGAAAAGUUUCUCAUCAUUCUCAACA